ACUCCGUCAGUCCGUUCCUAGCAUUCUCUCCAUUUCCCCGUGUAAUUUCCAUCGUUUAAUCCUGGCAUCUUUCAGAUGCCCGUGUGCCUAAUGAGUCAGUCUGUCCUACCCUAGUGAUUUUCUGUGCAUCCACCAAGUGAUUUUAGUGGGAGUUACUUUUUGUUUUUAGGUUUCUUCUUUUUUAAACGAAACAGUUAAUUUUUUUAUAAGAAAGAAAAUUGUCAUAGAGAUGGCCGGUGUCGACGAAGGGUUGUACGGUUCCUUCAGCUGAGGCAGAACCAAAAGUAGUUUUAAUGCGAGAUGCAACACGUAAAACCAACCUCAAAAGGUGACCCUCUGUGCCCUUUGGGGUUUCACCCUCAAGUCAGAUGGCCCACUAGGUGUAAAAGAUGCUUUAGGGAUUACAAGGAGCAUGGUAACAGAAACAAAGAACAAGAUUCACAGCUUAGAAAAGAUGAGCUUACUGUGUCUACACCUGUUUUAUCAUCCCUCUCAUCCUCGAGGAAUAGGAACUUGGUUUCAACUGAAAGCAAUAUUGGCACCCGCAACUGGACAAGUAGUUCCAAUCUUAGUACAUUAAGUAGUAGUAGCAAACCAAAUGAAGAUUCCAAUAGUAUCAGUGCGAGCUCUUCCUGGACAUCAAGUCCAAAUUUGGCUGAUCAGAAGGAGGUUUACAAGGAGAAAGAAUUGGUCACGGUCAGUUUUACACUGCCAAGAAGAAAACGUGAAACUAAAGAAGACAAAGACGAAGAAGAUGAUGCAAGACGAACACAAUUCACUAUACGAAGACGGACCACGCCUUCUACUGCAAAUACGAAUAAUUUUGAAUCAGUCACAAUUCCAUCAAGAAAUUUGUCAACUGGCACUUCCAGGUCUAGGACCCAGACUAAAGAUGAACCCAAACCUAAGCCAGAAAUUGACUUCAUGAUGCAGGUUAAGGAAAGUGCACGAGCAUCAUCUAAUAAAGAUACAAAAGAUGUCAGUAAACAUGGCUCAAGCAAGUCCAACAGACACUCAUUCCAUAAAGAUGACAGUGAUAAUGAAAGUAUUGCUUGCACUGAAUCUACCGAAACUACUAUAGUGAAUGAACAUGAACUUCAGGAUGAGAUUGAAAGUUUGAAAAAAGAGCUUGAAGCCAUGAAGAUUCGAUGUGAAAGAUCGGAACGUGAGAAAAGUGACUUUAUGCUUAGAAGACUGGCUUCUUCUGACACCGUAACAUCAAGAACUUCAGCAUCAGAAGUUCUCAAGCUACAACAAAAAGUUAACGAGCUUAAAAAUAAUAAUGAAGACUUAAGGGAUGAGAAGAAAAGCCUGAGCCAAAGAGUUAGAGAGUUAGAAAAUGACCUCGAAGCUAUACGAGCCUCAGGGGUACAAAAGGAAGUACAGAUACUCAGGGAAAAGCUACAUGCCUCUGAGAAACUCUGUGACGAGCUUACCGAGAUGAAUGAAGAGAUGAAAAAUGAAAUAAGAGAUAUGGAAGAAGAAAUGGAUGAAAUGCAUGACAAAUUUAGAGAAGAUCGAGCUGAUGAAUACACGUCUCUGAAAAAAGAGCUUGAGCAGCAAACAAAGAAUUGCCGAAUCCUUUCUUUUAAACUAAGGAAAGCGGAGAGGAAAACUGAGCAGUUAGAAGCAGAAAAGCUUGAGGCAGAAAGAAAGUGUAGAGAGGUGGCAGGUGGUCAAUCAGGGCUUGACAAAGUUGAAAGAAUAAAACAACUAGAACAUGAUCUCAGUGUAGCAAAUGAGGCUGCAGCUCGGUUGCAAAAGGAGCUGGAUGAUGUCCACUCUAAGCCCAAGCUGGUAGAUAAAGAAAAAAGUACCACUGUCAAAAAGAAAGCACCUAAACUUGCUAGUCUCCCUAAAACCCCUUCUGGAGAGAAAGUUUCAAGGGAGUCUUUGACAAGAGGGGACUCUCAGGAAGACCCGAUCCAACUUUUGAGGGAUUUACAGGAUUCGCUGGAGAGAGAGGCCGACCUAAGAGAACAGCUCAGAUUUGCUGAAGAAGAGAUUGUCCGACUGCAGGUGAAAAAAAAGCUUGCAAUAUUAAUACCUGAUAAUAUCCCUGAGAAAAGCCUUGGAUCAAAGACAUACCUAAAAAUUGAGCGAGAAGUUCAGAUUUGCCCAGAAUGUAAGGACGCUUCUGUGAUGGUGAUUGAGUCAGGAAAAAUGACUGAAACUAGAGAGACUCAAACAGAUACUAAAGAAUCGGAUAAAGUAGAUCCGUGUACAGAAGAAAAUGAACUCCUAUUAAAAAGAGAAGAAAUGUUGCCUUUUAUAAGAAAAAAUUGCCUUGUGAAAAAUAAGUGCAAUUUUCAAAGGAGCAACUCACUGCCAGACUUUUGUAAGAUUUUUCUUACAAAUAAUUCGACACAAACAGAACACAAAGAAUUUCCUUUUGGUCUGAUUCCCUGUCUAUUGCGUUUUGGAGUCUUUCUCCCCUACAGCCUUGCGUUUUCUCCAUUAGCAGCCUUGUUAUUGCCCUUAGCGAGAAGACUCAGCCCUUCACAACAACAUCUCAACCCAGAGCCAGUUGAGAAAGACGAAGGAAUUUCAGAUGAGGAUGAUCCAUCGGAACUCAGGAUUCUCUUAGAAUUGAAUGAGCAAGAAGCUGCAGUGCUCAGAAGAAAAGUGGAAGAACUUGAAGUAGAAAGUGACCACUUGAAAAAGAAGGUCAAAGACCUUCAAGAAAAGCUUAAUACUAAAUUGCCAACAUCUAAAAGAGAUACAUUAAAAUCUACAGAACCUGAAAAACGCAAUGGUGUUAGUGAACAAAAGAUAAAAGUGUUAGAAGAAGAAAUGAAUGAAUUGAGGAAGAAACUUAUAGAAAAAGAAAGAGAAUGUGAAAGGUUGCAUGCAGAAAUAUCGUUGGGCGUCAAAAAGCCUAAAACAAUUCAAAAGAGCAAGUCAUUAGAUGGAGACCAGCAAACAGUAGAUUUAAAGAGACAAUUGCAAGUUAUUGAAGCCGAAGCAAAUAUUCUAAGGACAAAGACACAAAAUCUUGAAAGUGAAAAUGAAAAGCUUGUCUCAGAAAAUAAGAAACUGUCACUAAUGUCGUCCAGAAGAUCGAGUUCUGUUGAGAGGCUAGAUUCUAAGAGUACUUUGGGCUCUUUGGAAAAACAACUUGAAGAGAGCAAUAAAAAAAUUAAAGAGCUUGAAGCUGCAGCAAACAAAGGAGGUAGUUCAACAAUUCCAAUCGGCGAAAUUGAAAAACUAAAGAAUCACCUCAAAAAGGCUGAGGCGGAGAAGAAAAAAACCGAGGAAGUGCUCAAGAGGCUUAAAGAUGAAGCUUUAGAGGACGUUUUGAAUUACUACCAAAAGCGAGUACCUAAAAAGCCGACUGACUUGUCGACUAAACUCCAACUCAAGAAGAUGGUAGAAGAGAACGAAAAUGAAAUUAGCGAAAUGUUGGUCGUCCUCAAAAAAACUGGAGGGCUGAAAAAAGAAAAAGAGGCUGAGCAAUUGAAAGAUGAGCUGGACAAGACAAAGGCUAAAUUGGAUAAGAUGAUCAAAGAAGCCAAAGAAGAAAGCAGCAAAAAAGACAUAGAAAUUUCUCAGCUCAAUAAAAUGAUAAAAGAUCUAGAGAGUGAUAAAUUAAAAGUCAAAAGAGAUUCUGAUAAAGGAAAAACCAGUUGGGAAAAAGAGAAGGAAACCUUAAUGGAAUCAAAAACCCAAUUAGAAAAAAGUAAAAAAGAAUUAACAGAAGAAGUAGACAAAUUAAAAUCAGAAAUGAAAAGAGCGAAGGCUGCCAAAGAUGAAGUGAGUACGUUGAAAAAGAAAAUUGAUGCUCUGACCAAAGAGUUAGAAGAUGAGAAAAAACAGAGUGCAGACUUGAAAAAACAACUUGAAGGUGCCCUUAAAAAUACUAAUGAAUCAAGCAAGCUGGCAGGAGAGAUGAGUGACAAAUCAAAGAAAAUCGAGGAACUGGAGAAAAAGUUAAAGGAAGUUGAGGAUAAACAGAAGAAGUCUGAAAAACUCGUUGCAUCCAAAAAAGAAAAAAUUACUAAACUGGAUAAGGAGAAUGAAGAACUUGGAAUUAGAAUAAUUGACCUUGAAAAAGCAAUGAAUAAUUUGGCAAGUGAGAAAAAGUCCUUACAGACCAAAUACGAUGAAUUGGACGCCAAAUUAAACGUGCUCACAGGAGAAUUAGAAACGAAAAAGGCUGAAGUUUUGCAAUUGGAAAAAGGCUUACAAAAUAAAGAGGAUUCAAAAAUGUCAAAAACUGCUUCUUCAAAGGCCAGUCAAGAAGUUGCUAGUUUGAAAGACGAGCUUGCAACAUCAAAGAAUAAAAUCAAGGAUCUUACUGAAAAAAUAAACAAGGGGGAGAAUGAAUUGAAAGAGACUCAGAACGAGAUGAAGAAGAAAGAAAGACAGAUGAAGAAAGAGAUAGACGAAUGGGAAAAGAAAGCUUCUGAAUUAGAAAUGGACCUGCAAGGAGCCAAAGGGGAAUCAGCGGCUGACCGAAAGAUGAUGGAGAGGUUGAAAUCCACACAGGAGAAAGAGAUGAAGGCUAAGGACAUCGAAAUUGCACAGCUGAGGACUAACUCGCUUACCAGUGGUAACAUCAAGGUUCAAGAACUGCAAUCUGAAAUCGACCGACUUGAAAUUGCUCUGGAGAGCGAGAAACACGAAUAUGAAGAGCUUACUAGCAAAUAUGAACAGUUGGAAGAAGAGCAUGUUAUAAUGAAAGCAACCCUUGUAAAAGAAAAGGAAAAGGCGCAAAGUAAAUUGGUUAAAACAGAAAAUGAGCUUCUGGAUAUCGAGGCCGAGCUCAAAGACUUAAGAGAAACUUAUACAGUUAAGCAUGAAAACUGGUUGAAGGAAAAAUCAAAAGCAGAAGAAAAGAAUAGUGAGUGUGACAAGUUACUCCUUGAAAAAACAAAGCUUGAAGCUAUCAGCAAGGAAAAACAGUCUGAAGUAGAACAACUGAAGAAAGAAACUUCAUUGCUUUCCCAGCAAAUUGAAUGCAUGAGAAAAGACAAUGAAGAUCUUAGAAGUCAAAUUGAGGAUUAUGACAAAGUAUCCAAAGUGCAGAGGAACAUGACAGCAGACAUGGCGUCAUUGGAAAAAGAGUUGAGAGAAUGUAAAACCAGACUGGUAAUGGAAGAGAAAGCAAAGAAGACAGAACUCGCUAAACUCAAGCAUCGCUAUGACCGCCGUAUCACAGUGAUUUCUGAUGAGCUGCUGAGUGUCCAAGGGCAGAUGGCCAGGUUCAAAAGAGAAAGAGACUCAUACAGGCAUAUGCUUGAGGCAGCUCAGAAGAACGGCACAAACAACAUCAACAAUUUAGAAGAUGGCGACGAUCCCAAAAACCACAUUGCCAGCCUGGAACAACAAAUAAGCUGCCUUGAGGAUGAGCUGUCUGAAUCUAGGGUCGAAGCAUCCAGAUUGAGGACAGAACUUGUUUCUGAGAGAUCAGCCUGGGAUGUUAAGAUUUCUGAGCUCAAUUCCAAACUGAAUGAGCUUGAGGAAGAGAAGAUUCUCAGUAGUGGUCGUACUAAAAUAACAGGUCUAAAAACAAAAAUGGAAUUGGCUUGGCAUAAAGAACGUGAAGAACAACACAGGCUGCUUCAAGAGACUUCAACUCUUGCUCGUGACUUACGCCAAACACUGUUUGAAGUUGAAAGAGAACGAGACAGAGAAAGGCUUGAAUCCAAGAGGAGAAUAGACCAAUUGAAGAAGUCCAAUGAAGAAGAGCAAGAAGAAAUCAGAAAGAAAGUCACAGAGAUGCAAUGCGACCUUCUUGAGUUAAGAGAUGCCCAUGCGAAACUGAGAACAACCAAUGAAAAGCUCAGGAGAGAAAAAGAUAAACUGGACAGAGAAAGAGACAUUCUGAGACAAUCGAUUGCUAUGAAGAAAAGGAUGGAUCAGGAAGAGGAGAGAAAUAUCAUAAGUGUAUUCCAGCUGGUUGAAGAGCUGACUCAUCUUGCUCCAGAUUUGUUCCCUUCAAAACCAAGACCACCUGUUACAAUGCCAACUCCUCCAGCAAGACGAAAGGGACCAAAAUCACGAGAAGCUUCUCCUCUCCUUGAAAGAAAAGAUUACAGCCGAGAAUCUUCUGUUGGAAGAGAUGAUGCAAAAUCACACGAAGUUCAGGAAAUUCUCAGAAGGCUAACCGAAGCGGCAAAUGAGUUGAAGAAGUCCCAAUUGGAUGACAGGGAUAGCAGGAUGAGGAGAUCGUUUAGUUCAUUCAGGUCGUCAUCAAUAGAGUCAGAUAGUGGCGCCGAACAGAAAGAAGUUAAGAAACGUGCAGUUUCAAAAAGGGGAAACAGUGGUCUCAGAAAAAGCAUAUCACUCGAACAGAGUUUAGCUCAAGAACAGCUUUAUGAAGAGACAGAAGGAAGCAUGACAAGUGUCCAGUCUUUGGAGGAAAUGGAGAAGUUUAGGCAUAGUUUGCUCAGGCGAGACCAGAGCCUUGAUAGCCGGCUUUCAGGAGGUUCAACUCAGAGUGAAGUCCUGCCAAGUCUGGAAAAGAAAAAGAAACUGGGCAUCUUUGGAAAGCUGAAAAAACUGACCAAGUCUAAAAGCAUAGACCAAGAUGGAAGUGAAUUGGGAUCCAGCAGCCAGCUCGAUCCUGGCUCAGACAUCAGUUUAUCAGAAGAUAAGGGGACCAUGAAAGACAAAUUUGCUGGGAUGUUUAAAAAAUCAGGCUCAUCAUCGAGAGGAAACAGCGUGGAGCGUAGUGUGAAGCAAAAAAGUUCAGCAGAAAGGCCGCUCACAAGCGCUACUUUAAGUGGGGGAGAUCUAAGUUCUUCAAGACCACUUACGAGGAAGCCACCAAGUUCAGCCCCGAUGCAACGAAAAGCAAAGAAAUAGAACAGGAUCAAAUAUUAGGAUAUUAACCAACCAUUUUGUACUGAAAUUUUUGUAAAAAAUAAAAUAAAAUGUUAUUAUAAAAAAUGA